UGUCACGGGCACGCGUGUGUCACGAUCGCCCAUAUAUUGCUGUCGUGACUGGCCAGAAGGCGUCGCGGCGGGGUGGAAGGAGGGCGGUCUCUGUCGAGGCUUGGCAGAGCGCAGGCAGGCGCGUAGAUAGGCCAGCUCUCACGGUGGCGUUUCCGCAGAGCGAGCUACGGAAUCGUCCCGUGCUGCUCGCCGACACCGUCGCGUGUAGCCUGGCGUGCACCAGAGGGGUGGUUGUUGGUUCGUCGACGGGGGUGGUUCGCGCGUCGUGCCAGCGCGGAGGAGUGGCCCGUGACGGAGGCGAGACACGCACAACGGAAACGUGCGCGACCUUAGGCGAGUGGCGAUGCUCGAGUCAAACAGGGGACAAGAUCUAAGGGGGUAAAGAACGCGCGAGAGGACGAGAGAAAAGAGUCCGGUUCUCGGCCACAUCGAGCCCCACGGGCACCGAGUUCGGGGACGGCCAGUAUCGAAACUGCUACUCGUGGCAGCGGCAGUGGUGUCGAUGGUGGUGGCGGUGGUGGUGGUGGUGGUGGUUUCCAAUCGUGGUGGUGCCCGUUGGUAGUAGUCGAGAAUCUCGUAUCGUGGUGGUGCGCGGAUGGUGGUGGUAGUAGUGUCGGGGUAGUGCUGCGCCUCAUCCGACGACGGUAGGCGAGGGAGAGAAAGAAAAGUAGCCCUCGAGGUUACGAGGCCAGAGAGGAGAAAGUGGGUGUUGCCGGAGUGACAACUGGAGGAUCCUGGUCCUCGUCGCCAGGACUCGAAGAACGGGGUAGGGACCGUUGAUAGGAUGCACGUCGCUCGACGUCUCGAAGAUCUCCCGACCGAGAGCCUGGUCCUCGUAGAUCGUGUGCCUCGGUGGCCGCGACGCUGAGGUGUUCGUCCAGGAUGGCAGGAACGAGCCGAGAGUCUCGGCCAGGACCUAACCAGUCUACGCUCGUGAAUCGUCGCGGCAGAAGCUGGUCUUCGCGCGAUUAAGAGUAGCGUUCGAAGGAGGCCGGAAAGGGAGAGGGUGGUUCUUGGCAUCGCGGGGAUCGAGAUGAGCGAUCUACAGGCCACUCUCGAGUUCUCCCUCGAGCUUUGCAAGUUCUACAAUGUCGACCUGUUCCAGCGUGGGUAUUACCAGAUUCGAACCGCCCUACGAGUGUCGCCGAAACUCCCUGUUAAGGUGGAGGUUAACCAGCUGCGGAACCACUCGUUGGAGGCGCCCGGGACGAGCAAACGCUUUCAGAUCCACUACAGAAACGAGGAGGUGACACUCGGCACUUCGGUCCUAUUCCGGGCGCACGUGCUCGUGCACAGUCACAAGAUCGAGGAGGUGCUCUCCCGCACCCACUUCAAUCUCGGCGUCGAGCUAUGGUUCAGCGAGCCGACACAGCCCGGGAACAUGGCCUGCGUGUCGUCUAGGGCGUUGCAGCUGAACUUUGCGCCCACGAAGGGGCUUCACUAUCAUCUGCCUGUGAUCUUCGAUUACUUCCAUCUCGCGGCGGUGUCCAUCACGAUCCACGCGUGCCUCGUUGCUCUUCACCAGCCGUACAUCAAGUCGGUAUCAACUCGUUAUUUUAAGAAGAGCAUACUUCACUACGUGCAGAGCUGCGCGCCGCGCGGAGGGAAGCCAUGGCUGCAAUUCAAACAGUCCGCAGCGAACGGCGAUAAUAACGCCUCGUUAGGAAAUAUCGAGGCGACGACCAAGUGUGUCGGCUCGGCGACGAGGAUACAGCACGCGAAACUGGUCCAGCAGGAAGUGAUCAGGUUGCUCCUGGCCGCCAGGGAAUCUCUGCUCAGCGAUCUGGCUGAUCUGGCACGGCUGCUGCCGUCCUGCCAGCAGAGAUCGCUCGAGCUCGCUCAGAACACGCACAAAGAAAUCACCAAGAUGAUGGACACGGAGGAGACUGAUAUCGCUCAACUCUGCGCACAAAACAUUGUUCUCUGGCAGCAUUUUUUGGAGGCGUUCUCGGGACGCGAGGCCGUUCAUCAGCAUCUCGCGAGGAUCCAUCAUCAGCUGAGGGUGAAGCGGUUCGCCGAAGGUUUCUUCGUGCUCGAAAACCCGAGAACGUCGGCGUGGGGAUGCUACGACGCGAACUACCAAUCGUAUCAGGCCGUCAGCGAGGCCGCGAGAAGAUCGCGGUAUCUAGCGUCGCUACCACCUCUGCCUGUCUACUGCCCGGAGCUGGACGGGGACCUGCACUCGCUGCCUCUGAUAUUCGAGGAUCAGUACGUGGACAUGAAGCAGAGGCACAGAAACAGCGUUCCGGGGAUGGACGACUGCAGCUGCGGCAUCGCGGCGAUCCUGGAGUCGCGAUCUAUGGGGAUCUGGUCGCCAAGGAGCGAGGGCGCGAACCAGGACCUCGGGAUGGUCCAGGGCCGUCUGACCUUGACUCCUUCCACUCUCCCGGCGAGGCACAGCAAGUCCCUGGACCAACUUGGCCCCGAGAUCGCGCCGGUGCAGCCGAGGACCUCGCCGAAGACUCUUCCACGCUCGGUGUCGACGCAGCUGUUCCCGAGGCAAAGGGGUUGCGGGAAGAACGUGACCCCGCCGGCCACGGUGCCCUCUCGAGGGAGGCAACGGUCGACACAGCCGUCCAGUAGCACGCUCUUUCCUCCGUCGGGGCAGCAAGCCUGCUCGGCGCCGAAUCCAUCCCUCGGCUCGACGCCUGUGGUCACUCUGCCGCGCGCCAAGUCCACGCAGAUCUUGGUGCUGAACUUGCAGCAGCAGGCCGACCCGCAGAACACCUCCAUAACGUCGCUGCUCGCGGCCAUGUUCCCCGAGCUGCCUCCCGGCGGCCAGCUUCCCGGGUACAGACCGUCGAAACAGUCCUGCGAACAGCAAGGCCCGACCCUGACCGUGCCCAGCUGCGUGGGAACCAUGGACCAUGGACAGAUAACGGACUGCUGGACCGAAAACAAGCCCGAAGAUUAUCACUCGCUGGACAGGAGGAUCCGCCUGGAGCCGCGCAGCCAUCGUCUGGCGUCCCGGCAGCCGUUGUCGACGGUGAACGACCAGAACAGCUUCCUGCCUGGGAAGAACAUGAACGGGGACGGCUUCCUGCAGGACCAGCAGCCGCUGCACACCGCGACCUUGGACCGGGUGACGUACCGGGGGAACUCGCGGAAGCAGUCGCAUCAGGCUGGCAAGUAUAGUCAGACGAACGGGCUGGAGUCCCGCAGGUAUCACACGAUCGGGAAAACCGGUUCGGGCCAGAGCCAGCGGAACCGCGAAGUCCAGGAGUCGAUGAACGGCGGCGGAAUGCCGGGAAGCCAUUCGACGGCGGCGGUUCGUUUGUACCCGCGAUCGAAUAACGCCUCGACGACCACGGACGCGUUCUUCUACCGCACGAACGGGACCAGCGGCCGGACGCACGGCGAGCCCGAGAGGCCCAGGCGACCCAAGAGCACCGAGAGGCUGGUCGACGAGGUCGAUCGCAGCGAGUACUGCGACUUCCGGCGCGAGAGGCCCAGGAGGAGGGAGGAGAGACCGGCCGCGAAGUCCCCGAGGAACGGCGCGCCGCCGGGUUACAGCGACGAGCCGCACAGGAGGUCGCAGGCCGACGACAAGAACGAGGGAGCCAACGAAGUGUUCUACAAGGUGGUGCCGCCGAUGCCCGAGCAGAAGAAGGAGCACCGGGAGAGGAGGAAGGAGAGGCACGGGAAGCGGCCGCAUUCCGCGCCCGUCCUCGACAUCGAUCACCCGGCCGAUGACAACAGGAAGUGGCACAGGAACAGGAAGCCGGCUCCGCCGCCUCCCGCGUAUCAAGAUCCGGCGGUGGCGCCCUUGCCCAAGUACCGACACCCACCGCCCGCGCUGACGACCAGCGUCAUGGAGGUCGAGAAUAACAAUAAAAUUAUUCUGAAGGUGGAUCCGAUCAAGUCGCCGACGGAGGCGGCGGCCACGAACGGCACGACCCCUUCGGACACGUCUAGCACCGGUGCGCCGCUGCCGGACACGAAAAGACUGAGAUGCGCCAGCGUGCCGGUGGCGCAGAACAAGGUGGUGGUCCCGCGCAGCGCGGUCUCGUUGCCUUGCAUGCCGAUACGCGACAGCAAGGACAGCCUUAGCAACAAUCUUCCCGUCAUUCCGAAUCCGCUCAGCCCACCGUCCAGCCGACCGAGCAGCCCGACCACGAGCUCCAGCUCCAGCAACCUUACGUCCGAGUGUUCCGGCUGGGUCAGUAGCGGGGACACGUCGAGCUCGGAGCAGCGCCGGAACGCGAAGCUGUCCAGCGAGCAGCUGCGUCAGAAGCUGUCGAAGAUAGUGCCGCGAAAGGAGCGGCCGCUGGCCAAGGAGGCGGUCGAGGAGCAUUCCUACGAGGAGGUGCGACUUCCGCCGCCGAAGAUGUUCCAGGACGAGCCGCCGCCGCCCGAAGAGUUCAGAGACCCUCCGGCGAUCAUCGACAACCCGCUCUACCACGUGUACGAGACGGUGAAGCCGAUCAGAAGCCCGAAACAGACGAAGACGGCGCCGUGCAGCCCGCAGAAGAGCAGGGAAAGGGAGCGGGACAGGGAGCCGGUUUACGGCGCCAGGGACAUCUGUCUGGAUUGCUACCAGGAGGGCAAGGAACUGCUGCAGUCGACCCAGGACGACUCGAUCAACUUCAAGAAGUGCAAAGAGGAGUUCAAGCGGCAGAUGAGCUUCUCCGGGAAGAUCUACAGAGAGCGAAAGGAAGCGCAGUUGCGUUUCCAUAAACGUGCCCAUUCCCUUGGAUACGGUGACUUCCUGACCCCGUCGUCGGUAAAACCUCUAAGCUCGAAUGUGCCUCUUAGUGACUAUCCGACCCUGGCCUCGACCAUGCCGUACUUCCACAUCAGCAACGAGUACCGGCUGUUCUCGCCGGAGGGUGCUCACUUGAUCAUCUGCGUCCACGGCCUCGACGGGAACCCCGGCGAUCUGCGUCUCGUCAAGACCUUCUUGGAGCUCAGUCUUCCCGGGGCGCAUCUAGAUUUUUUAAUGUCCGAGAAGAAUCAGGGUGACACUUUCUCGGACUUCGACACCAUGACGGACCGGCUGGUGGGCGAGAUUCUACACCACAUCGAGACGUCGGGCCUGAACCCGACGAAGGUCAGCUUCAUCGGACACUCUUUAGGGACCAUCAUUAUACGGAGCGCUCUGACGCGGCCUAAACUGCGACCGCUUCUACCGCGCUUGCACACGUUUCUCAGUCUAAGCGGUCCACACUUGGGCACCCUGUACAACCCCAGCGGAUUGGUUAACGCGGGUAUGUGGUUCAUGCAGAAACUGAAGAAAUCCGGCUCGCUGCUGCAGCUGGCUAUGAAAGACGCGUCCGAUAUCAGACGGUCCUUCAUGUUCCGCCUCAGCGAGAAGAGCAAUCUCGAGAAGUUCAAACACGUUCUUCUUUGCGGCAGCGCGCAGGAUCGAUACGUGCCGCUUCAUUCGGCGCGCAUAGAGCUCUGCAAGGCUGCCGUGCGGGACUCGUCCGAUCAAGGUGCAGCGUACCGCGACAUGGUGCACAACAUCCUAUACCCGGUGAUGUCGACGACGGGCGUCAGUUUGGUGAGGUACGACGUGCACCACGCGUUGCCAGCGACGGCGAACGCGUUGAUCGGCCGUGCCGCGCACAUCGCCGUCCUCGACUCCGAACUUUUCAUCGAGAAGUUCCUGCUGGUGGCGGGUCUGAAGUACUUCAGAUAAGGAACGGACUGCUCUAGCGACUAAAUGGAAGAUAAAAAAAAGAAAAGAAAGAUGGGAAACGCAAAAAUUAGCAAUUUAAAGGAGAAGAGAAAUAAGUAAUAGCGAAUCUAGCCAGCGGGAACGAUACUCUCGGGCAUAACGGAGCGGAUAUCCUCGUAACUCUCCGUGACGUCUCUGACGCCGCAUUAGGAUUAAUUAACCCACGGACGUACGGUCGGAAUUGCCUCGUUUCUUGCCCGCGCACAGAGAGACCCGGGUCGGUCAUUCUCACUCCCAGCCCUUCUAUAUCGUAAUUGUCUGUCUUCUAGAACCGAUCGCGAACCGGGAUUCGUCGAGGAAACGGGGCAAUUCGACGUUUUUACACGGGACGCGGACACAUCGUUAUUAUAUAGUAAACACGUCGAUCAGUUUCUCUCGUUAGGUUCCUACGCGUCGUUCUGUCGCGGUGCCGCAACGGCUUCGUCGACGCAUCAUCGAAUCAUUGAACGGGCUUACGACUGCACGGGCCUACUCGCAGCUCGCGUUCGGAGCUGAAUAGCGUUUGAAUGGGGGAAAGCGCGGGGGUUGAAGACCGUUCAGGGUAGUUCGAUGCGAUCUGGUCUCUUAGUAAUUGAAUUUUUAUACAUUAUUAGAUAUUAAUUUUCCUGCGGAAUUGAAAUUGGUGUCUCGCUUUCUGUACUUCAAACUCUUAUCGAUUCUUACAAAAUCUAGCAAAAAGAAAUUAAAGUGGCGAGCAUAAUUAUGCAUCGAUUUGUCGCAAGAUGGUACACGAUUUAAAUCUCUUAUUUUUUGAAGGAUAUCUUCUAUUCAAAGCAUUUAAAUCUCGUCGAUAGACAAAAGCGAUACGAAUGAUUCAUUAGAACUGGAAAAAUGCAUUUAUUGAGACUUCAAUCGACUUCGAUUCCAGUGUAUACUUCCUUAGGCUUUAAUGAUUACAAAAUCAAAAAUCUGAAACGUGGUUCUAGAAUGAAAGACAAAAUUAGAGACAGUGCUUCGGCAAACGUAACUCGCAUUUCUCUUGAAAGAAGCGUACAAUCUCAUUAAGUUCAGUUCAAUCGAUGAUCGUGAAACUGCUCUGAACGGUUACCAUGAUCGAAUCAAGUAUCGAAUUCUCGGCCUAUCGCGAAACCCGUGGCCGUCGAGUAAAAUCACGCGCACGAUCGAGUCGGAAGAUCCAUAAUAAAUCGGGCCCGGCCGUUUUAUCAUCGCCGCCGGUCACGUGAUCACCUUCAACCGGGAACGGAACGCGACGAAUCGUGCUCGUCGAUCGAAGAGGCAAGCUCGCGUACGUUGGUUUUCGUCUCCUUCUUUGUUUUCUUGUCUCUUUGUUUGUUGUUCAACGAAAAGAGAAACGUUCUUUUCGAUCUCGAGCGACGGAGCGACGACGUGUCGCUGCUCGCCGUGGCUCCCAGCCUGGUGUCGAAAGCGAAAGCGAAAAUUCACGAAAAGCUAAAAAAAAUAAAGAAAGAAAGAAAGAAAGAAAGAAAGAAAGAAAGGAAGAAAAGUAAACGGGGAAUAACAAAUCGAGAUAUACAUACAAUAUAAAAUAAGACGAUGCUGGGACACAUUGUCUAGACGCUAGGAAAGUUACGAAACGUAUGUCAAUUGUUACUCUCAGAUAAGUGUGAGUGCGUGCGGUGUGAGGUGGAUGGAUGAGAACGCGUUAACGUUGCGAUAGAGCGAGAAAGAGGAAGAGCAAAAGGGGAGAGAGUGAGAGCGAGAAUGAGAGCGAGAGUAUUCUAAUUAAACAGAACGGCGAGAGGCGAACGAAAUGAGCGAAAGCCAGUAUGAGGAACAGCGAAACGACGAAGGACAGAAUCGGCGCGCAACGGAUGAUCGUCCGACGAUCGGGAGGACGAGGACAGGGUCCUUGCUGCUUCGGUUUCGGCGAUGGAAGAUCAGCGAAACGGACGAACGGGAGCAACGAGGAAGAGGAGAGGAGGAUGAACAAGGGAAAAACAAAUCACGAGGACGCGAGAAGAAAAAGAAAAACAAAGUGACUACCAUUUCAGGUAUAUGAAAUCCCUCCAAUACUAGAUCUCAAUUGCUCAGAACAAUCUAAAUAAAAGAAAGAAACAAAAAAAGACAAAAAAAUAUGAAGUUAUACAUUAUUCGUCAUCGAAGCAACGAUGGCGCGUGGCGUCGCGUCUGCGAAUUGCUAAUCGUGAAUAUCAUCGAAAGAGUGGCAGAGGGAGAGGACGUGUGUAAUUAAGAGUUUUUCGCUAUAACUAACAAUGGUCGGCAGGAAUAAACGUCAGCGGAGAGACUCGCCGUACGACGGGCGUUCGUCGUCCCCCGCGUGCCGCGGCAAGUUCAAGCUUUCUCGUUCAAAAACGACGCUGUUGCGCGUCACUUGGCGCUCGAGUUUUCACAUUCGGGAUCAUUUCGCAAUCGAACGUCUGCCAAAUUAGAUGGAUCAAGAAAUCGUUUUGUGCCAAAUUGUCGGAUUUCAGAAGUCGUCGCAUUUAUUAGUCGUUCUAGAAUCUCAUCCGAAAAAUGCCAAAAGUACAUUUCGAACUUGUUAGUUACAUUUUAGACUGCGGGUCUUCGCGCGCGACCGAACUUCCCUGCGCCUGUCGCAAGAGGAAUCCCUUCGUUCAAUCAUUUUGGUAGGUUUAUACUGUUCCAAAUCACCGGCUCUCGCCGCGGGCGCACAAAAUCCGCAGUUCUUCAUCGAGCAAACCGAAUUCCUGCAUCGAUACAGCGUGGCGCAGCGUGUUCCGCGCGUAAAGUAAAUUCUCGCGCCAAGUGCAUCCAGCCGCCAUUUCGCCGCGGGAGGACCGAAUGGCGGCCGCCUCGUACGGCGAUUCUCCAAAUAUUGUUAAGUGUAAACCCACACCGCCCACUGUAAACGUUCACCCACGAAAUUGUAUACAACGCCCGUACGUGUACGCCUUUACAUCGUAACAGAGGACACCGUGUGUGACGUGUUCUGUCGCGAGCACGCCAUUUAACAGGACCAGAAUCGGUGCUCGUAGAAAAACGAUCGUAUGCCCGCCCCCCUCGAAGCUGCGAAGCACAAAAAUUAAGUCCCCGAAACUUCUCUCUCGUUCGACCGAAAAAUGUAAAAGAUCGCAUCGUUCCGUUUGAUUUCCGCUUUCCAGCGCCUCCGUCGCGACGAACCUGGGCCGUGUCGAUGUCACGGGAAAAGAGGGUCAGUGAAACGAGCCCGAGAAUCCCGCGAGGACGCUGACCCCCUUCGAUCGACCCCUUUCAGAGAUUUCCUUUCGGAUACGUCUGCGCUCCUAGCACGCAAUAACUGUGGCAAUAUUGUUGUAUCGUUGUCUGAUUUGUGCGACUGUUACCGGAAGAAAUAAAAACGGCUACCGAGAUGUAGGCGAGGAACGAAUA